AUUAUCACACAUAUGUGUCUGUUAAAUUUUCAUCCAAAAAUCAUCAACCACGUUCGGAUCAUGGCUCGAACGACCUGAACCCAACAAAAUGAGAGGGGAAAUGUCAUUUUUGCCCCUCCAUUUAUUUCUCUAAGUCUCGUGAAAUUGAAAUGAUUAGGGGAAUUGGGUUGUACAAAAAAACCCAAAAAAAUGUUAAAUCAAAAUUAUCAGGAGUAUUUUAGAUAUUUGUGAUGUGUAAAUGAUAAAAGAAUUAAAUUUAUUUUUUUAUUAAUUUUUUAAUUGUCACGUCAGACAUUUAAUGGUCAACUGUUAGGGUUGACUGUCACAUCAAAUAAAGUUAACGGAGAGUGACUAAAUGUGGACCGUUUUACUAAUUCGAGUGAUCAAAAUUGACAUUGAUUUUUUUCAGUGACUAAACAUGACGCAUUUUAAUAAACCUAGUGACCAAACUUGACAUUUACCCUAAGUUUUUUUACAAUGAAGUUGUACUUAAUUCAAUGAUAGAAGCUCUCACUCAAUGGUAGGCAGCUAUGUGAGGCUUAUAAUGCUAUUUUUACAAGAAGUUAAAAUUACAUUAAUUUGAGUAAGCAUUACUCAAAUAUGUAUAACUGCAAGAGCACUUCUACUAUGCUAUAUAGUAUUUGUGCUUUAAUGUACAACUUAAAGUUGUACCAUAACAUUAAAUGUAUAAGUUUAGGUUGUAUCAUAAAGUAAUUUGUAUCAUUAUGUUAUGGUACAACUUUACAACUUGAAGUUGUACCAUCACAUAAAUGUACAAGUUUAAGUUGUACCAUAAAAAAAUUUGUACAAAAGUAUAGGUACAAUCUGAAAUUGUACCAUAACGUAAAUGCUCAAUUUUAAGUUGUACCACAAAGGCAAACGGGAAAGGAGCAGCACACGAGAUGACUAGGGCGAAAAUGCAGAUGGGAAGAAACAGAAAUGUGGGUGGAUAGACCUCCCAUAUUCAUUAUCCAAACUCUCUUGCAGGACUGUAAUGGUAAUUUGCCAUCUUAAAUAAAAGCAUUCAGAUUUUCUUUAAAAAUAAUAAUAAUCUAGGUGUCAUUGUCAUGGAGAUUUCUGCGGUGUGAGAGUGCCACAUGGCUUCUGAUCUGCGCAGAUUUGUGUACCAGAAUUCAUUUCCUUCGCCCACUAGGAUUGACCCCUCUUCUCCCAUUUGAUUUCCCCCAAUCUAUUUCUCUUCCAAAAAAAUCUUUUCCUUCCCCAUUUCCCCUCUCCUCCACUCCAUAAAAAACGCCACCUUGUCUUCCUUCCCCAUUUCCUCCACACUUCCGUCCAGUUUUCUUCCUCUAAACUACCCACUUGAGAAUAAGGUCUCUGCACCUUUCCUCAAUUCCAACUUCACACACAAAAAAACAUGGCUUCUCUAACCUUGUCCUGCAGCUCGAUUACUCCAUCAUCCAUGGCGGGUUCCUCGCGAACCCAUUUCCCUGUUCUCCCUCUCGAGUUCUCCUGCUGUGAACACCACUUCCGGAGCAGGAGAAGAAGUGGCAGGAGAAGGCAUAAAUCGGGUAGUCAACCGGUUGUCAAAGCUGUAGCGGCGGCAGAAGCCCCGCCGGCGACCCAACCGAGUGAGCAAAACAAGAAGAAGCUCAAAGUUCUGGUCGCCGGCGGUGGGAUUGGUGGGCUGGUGUUUGCUCUGGCGGCGAAGAAGAAAGGGUUUGAGGUAAUUGUGUUCGAGAGAGAUUUGAGCGCUAUUAGAGGGGAAGGGCAGUACAGAGGGCCGAUUCAGAUACAGAGCAAUGCUCUGGCGGCGCUCGAGGCGAUCGAUUUGGAUGUCGCGGAUGAGGUUAUGAGAGCUGGUUGUGUUACUGGGGAUAGAAUUAAUGGGCUUGUUGAUGGGAUUUCUGGCACCUGGUACGUGAAGUUUGAUACAUUCACUCCUGCUGUAGAGCGUGGACUUCCGGUCACUCGAGUUAUAAGCCGAAUGACUCUGCAGAGAAUCCUCGCUUAUGCAGUGGGUGAAGAGAUUAUCCAGAAUGGUAGCAAUGUCGUCGAUUUCGAGGACGAUGGAGAAAAAGUCACUGUGACACUGGACAAUGGACAGCAGUACGAAGGCGAUCUGUUGGUUGGUGCUGAUGGAAUACGGUCAAAGGUGCGAACUAAGUUAUUCGGACCCAAGGACGUGACGUACUCGGGCUACACUUGCUACACAGGCAUAGCAGAUUUCGUUCCGGUCGACAUUGAUUCUGUUGGGUAUCGAGUGUUCUUGGGUCACAAGCAAUACUUCGUCUCUUCGGACGUGGGAGCUGGUAAGAUGCAGUGGUAUGCGUUCUACAAUGAGUCAGCUGGGGGAACAGACAAGCCUGGUGGUAAAAAGGAGAGGUUGCUGCAGUUGUUUGAAGGAUGGUGUGACAAUGUGAUCGAUGUGCUCCAUGCCACGGAUGAAGAAGCCAUUCUCAGACGCGACAUAUUUGACAGGACUCCUACUCUUAACUGGGGGAAGGGCCGGGUGACAUUGCUCGGGGAUUCCAUUCAUGCUAUGCAGCCUAACUUGGGUCAAGGAGGGUGCAUGGCUAUUGAGGAUGGUUAUCAACUGGCAGUGGAUCUUGUCAACGCGUACGACCAAAGCAUCGAAUCAGGAAAGCCAGUGGAUGUAUUUUCUUCUUUGAAGAGCUACGAGAAGGCUAGGAGAUUACGAGUAGCAAUCAUCCAUGGAAUGGCUAGAAUGGCUGCAAUAAUGGCUACUACCUACAGACCUUACUUGGGUGUAGGGCUUGGACCAUUGUCGUUCUUGACAAAGUUCCGGAUACCGCAUCCUGGAAGAGUUGGCGGGAGAUUCUUCGUAAGCUUGGCAAUGCCUUCAAUGCUGAGUUGGAUCCUAGGUGGUAAUAGUUCAAAGCUGGAAGGGAGGUCGGCGUCGUGCAGACUGUCGGACAGAGCUAGUGAUCAGUUGAGCAGAUGGUUCGACGAUGAUGACGCCCUAGAGCGUGCUCUUGAUGGAGAGUGGUUUCUUCUCCCAUCUGGACAUGAGGCAGCUUCUUCAGAACCUAUUCACAUUCCUCGGGACAAGGAACAACCCCUCAUUUUCGGGAGCACGUCGCAGGAAGAUUCCCCUGGAGUAUCUGUAGUCAUACGAUCUCCUCAGGUCUCCACAAAGCAUGCACAGAUUAGCUACAAAAAUGGCUACUUCUACUUGUCAGAUCUCAGGAGCGAACAUGGAACCUUCGUCACUGAUAACGAAGGAAGACGGCACAGGAUACCUCCAAACUUCCCAACCCGGUUCCAUCCCUCGGAUUCCAUCGAGUUUGGUUCUGAUAAGAAGACCAUGUUUCGGGUCAAGGUGCUGAGGUCUUCUCCAAAGGCGGCAGAGAAGGACGAGAAAGAAGUCUUCCAGGCAGUAUGAAAGAUUUUGGUGGUAGUUGAUGAGGAAUUUGUACAGCUUUUGUCAGCAAACUUGAGCAGCAAGUAAUGCCUGCUGCAUAGCUAUAGGAUUCAGAAAGAAAUGGGUGAAUAUACAUAGUUGCAGACUUUCAGUAUCAGCUUAAUGAUGUAAUAUAUUGAACGAAGAAGGAAAAUAAAAGGUUUUCGUGCUU